CAUCAGUUGAUAUAUUUCAAGGAUUAGCUCUAUUGCCAUGCGUUAAGCAUAUCAUGUGCCACGUGUGUUAAAUAUAAAUGAAUUUCACGUCAAUUUUUUUUUAUUUAUUUUAUUUUUUUGCAAGAAUUGUUUUACAUAUUGCAUAAUAAUGACAUGACACCCACUUUCAUCCAUACAUUAUCUAACACCCUCUUACAUUUAAUUUCUUUUUCUUUCAUCAUCAGCCAUGAUCAUUCAUCAUCACAAAUAACAAUAUGUCCAAAAAUUGAUAUAAUAUCAUAACACAUACAUGUAGUCCCUUACUUAACCGCACAUUCACACUUUUAUUAUGUUCACACGUACACACCUAGCAUGAAAUUAUAUUUAAUUUAUCACGUCAUGUUUAUUUUUAUCUCCGUGUGAGAUACCAUCUUACUAUAUUUAACUGAGUGAUAGUAUUGGAUUAUUGUACUACAUUUUUUUCAACGAGACUGACGCCAUGUCUAUCCUAUCAUGUAUUUAUAUGCUAUUGCAGUUACUGCUUUUACCUUUUCUCAUUUUGGCAUCAGCUGGAAGUCUCGCCACAGAUUAUGAGACAACUAAACUAAUCGACAGGCCAGUAGACCUAGAAACCGGACAAAAUUUGUCCAGAUUUUUAAUGACGGACGAAAAUGUCAAGGAUCUAGACCAAAACAUUUCUGUCAAUUCGCCUGAGGAGAGAAACGACACAAAAUAUGAGACAAGAGGCAAAUUACUUCAUAUACCAAUCGACUCUCAAACAUUGGAACCGAAACAAUAUCCACCAAGGUUGCUCAGCACCGAAAAGGAAGAGAACAGCAGAAGUCUUUCUAAAGAUAUGAUUUCAAUGGACAACGAUGAACUACAAGAACAGUUUCUGGACCUCAAUAUGAGGUUUCCCUGUGGCAGAUAUGACCGUUGCCGUGUCGGACGUAAUUACUGUAAUGUUGAUACAGGCAGAUGUGAAAUAUGUAACUCUGAUGUAUGCCAUGGAACAAACGCCGACAGUAUGUGCAACUUUAUGUGUAGAGAGUUUCCAUCUCCUGGGCAGUCUUCCACAUCAUCUCCAGUUCCCAUGACAACGGAAGUGGAUCAUACGAAAGACUGCACUUCGGAUACAUGUGCUUGGAAGAUACCCGGCAUUGUACUGAUAAGCAUUGAUGCUAUAGUGUUGGUGCUAGCAGUGGCAGUAGCAGUUAAGAAAUAUUGUUGUCGUAGAAAGAAUGCAGUGGUAACAGACAGAGACAAAGGUAAGUUAGAACUAGGUAGGAGUUUCAAAAUAAAUAUUUAAUUGAUUUUUACAAAU